AGAAGAAGGAGUUACACAUGAUUAUCGAAGAUAGGGUUACUGAGGUGAUCCGACCCUAGUCCUACUAGUUCAGAAACUCGUAAAUGUUAACCGCUUGCGAGUUUUCUCCGGCCUCUCCGCUUGCAACUAUCCGGUUGCUAGGACCUAACUUGUCGGCCGAAUUGCUCGGGAUUUGCCUCUCUAUAUCCAGUUUAAGCUCAUAGCUGGCAAAUGGAGGGAUUGCAGAAUUUCGUCCGCUACGUCUCAAAGGAAAUACAGUCCAUAACUUCCUCUCCUUCCUCGUCGGAGAAAUCGUACGAUCUCGGUGGCAAAUUAGGACCCGCCACCGCUACUUUAUCUUCUUCCACUGCCAACCACUCUCGUGUCCUUGCGGUCAGGCCCCCCAGCAGGAACAUGGUGUCUGCGUGGACCUGCUCCAAGCUCUGCUUGCUUUUCUUUGCUGCUGGAAUCGUGACUGGUUAUAGGUUCAAGAGGCGUGUCCGUAUCUGGGCUUCUAGGCUUCUUAAGAGGUUGAAAGAUGACUGACUGACACCAAUCCCUGAGGAUGCUGAUGAAAGGGGUAGCCCCAAUCCCCAAUCCCACAAGGAGUAGAACGUCAUAGUUCUUGUAGUCCUGUGCCGGAGCCCCGUAUGGACCAUCCAGAUAGAGCUUUGGCUGUCUGCAGAACAGUAUUAACUUGUAAGACUACUGAGAAUUUGUUCAUUGAUGUAGAUCAACAAUAUAACGAGAUGAGUAAAUUCAGAGUUGAUGAGCUUUGUUAUUACCCUCUGUGAUCCACACUCCCAAGGUGGCCGAAUCUAGCUCGACCAAUGACGGUCGAUGAGUCAUUGACCUCGGUGAAAACUCGCUUCAACUCCUGUGUCCAGUCACCCACUAUCCGGAUAUGGACACUCAAGUACGGGUCUCCUGGUGCCGAAGUUAUCGAAAACGGAUGCCUGCAAAUUCAGAAGCAACCCUGCCUAGAUUAACAGGGAGCUCAUAGGCAAAAUGUUUCAGUUCGAGUUGCGGGGGUUCACUCACCACUCGAAAGAAGAAAUGGCGGGGCAUUGAAGGAACAUGUACUGCCCACUCUUGUACUUGAAUCCCUGUGGUUUUGACAUUGUUAAGCUGAAAACGUCUCCUGGCAAAACUGAUACCUGCCAGAAGAUUCAAGUAGACAAUUGAGAACCAAAAUCAGGUAAGCUCAUCUCAGGAGCUGAAACAUGCAAUGAACAUUAUAUUUGUAACACCUGAAACCACAUACCCUUAGAAUCUUAGUAGAGCAAUGCUCUGAUCUGCAGGUACGCAUGCUCCUCUCCAUCACAUACAACAGCAGUGGAGCCGAAAUAUACAUCCACGUCUGCAACAUCAAUCCGACGACCACAAAGUACUCAGUUGCCAGGUGAAGAUCAUGUUCAGUACUGUUAACAGAGUUACAGAGAAGGUGGAUACUAAAAGAAGCAGCAGAAGGAAAGCUUACAUUUCUCUCGUACCACUUGGUGGCGAAGUAGAGGAAGGUUCCAUGGACAAAGAGCAUAAUGUAGACGAUACAAGUAAGGUGAUGCGAGUACCAGAAGGCGUUGAACCCUGUCAGCCUAUUGAAAGGUGGAGGCAGCCUCACCACAUUCCUCCUGAACUGGCUGGUCGCCAGGGUGAAUGCAAUGGCCAGCAGCAGCACCAUGGAGAUCCCUGUCACGCCUUCAAUGCUCGCCAACAGAUCCCCAUAUGUAGGCUUCUCGCCUUUGAAAUCGGAUGCUAUCAGGUCGAAUUUCUCCGGCGAGGCAUUCGCCAGGCGAGGGAAGUCGCAGCCUAAGUGGCUGCCUCCGUGAACGAGGACCCCGACGGCUAUUGCAAUCGCAAUCAUCUUGUGGAAGUUGAUGUUGUCGUCGAAAGGGACGACGGCCCUGGCCCUGGUGGAGCGAAGCCAGGUGAUGGUGUUUCGACAGACGGGGAAGAGGAUGAGAGCCAUGUUGAGCUUGAGAGUCUCGGCGGCGCCUUUGGCCGUGGCGAGGCAGUUGCCCAUCACCUGAUAUGCGGCUUUGUCUUUGUAGACGGAGAACUUCCAAGCGAAGAGGCAGGCCAUUGCCGUCAUCCAGAGGGUCAGAAUCCAGCCUCGCUGCCAGUUCUCCAGGAUGAGGCACCUGAGUUUGAAGGUGAGCCUGCGGGCCAGGUUGUGCGGCCUGAAUGUGGUCAGGUUCUGGCUCCAUCCAUUGACGCUUGUUGUGCUCAGUGGCCUGCUGUAGUUCAUGUACGUGUCUCUCCGCAGAAGAAGUGUUUCUAGCUGCCAUAACUGGUCGAAAGCCAAAACAGAGUAUGAAAUAAUGAACACUUAGAUACAGUAACAUAAAGGAGGAUGGUAAUUAGUAAUUACUAAUUACCCAUCAUUUAGUAAUUUAAGACAAACCAAAUUGUAUCAUCAAUUGCGGCUGGAGACUGGAGUGAUUAACAGGAACAUUACUUUUGUUUUUAAAUAAAAUAUAUGAAGAGAGUAAUAUUAAAUAUA